CUUGACUAUGUUGUUCAUCUUCUUGUCUCAGUGAUUCUUCAACUGAAUUUGUCGACAAGAUAAAGAAGCAAAUUAACUCAUAAUUGGUUUGUAACUACACUUCUUCCUUGACCUUGACACAUCUCCACCUCCAAUUUACCUUCAGUUUUCAGAGGUGUAGAGUUGUCAGAUCUCUACGAUUUUGGUUUUCUGAGGUCCUCGACAUUUUGAUGUGUAACUCUUGGUUAAUAGAUCUCAAUGAUUUGGGUUUGGGUUUUGCGGGUUGUUUGUCUUAUGAUUUCAAAGACUUGCUUUGGUUUGUCAUUCUUGAUUGUCUGUUUUGGUUUACUGUGUGGAAUCAAAUUAUACAAAACGAGAGAUAUUGAUAGAAAGAGUAUGUGGGAGAGAAUAGAGACCUGAGUCUUUGAUUUUAGCACCAUAGUUUCCUUCAAAGUCAAGCAAGAAUAAAGUCACAAACUUUACUCUCAUUGAUAUGUCUAGUAGUAUCUUCAGAGAUAGAGGGAGGUCCAUGGGAGACUCCAAGCGACACGAUAACAUAACCAUGCCAAUUUACCCGAUCGAGUCUCUUCCCUCGCCGUUCGCUGACCCGGCUCCGAAUUUGUCCGACUCGGAGCUCCGAGAAACAGCAUACGAGAUCCUCAUUGGGUCUUGCCGGACUUCUGGAAGUAGGCCGUUGACUUACAUCUCGCAGUCCGAGCGUGCUGAGAACGCGGCGGCUGCAGUUCCGGUGGGUGGGACUUCGCUGCAGCGGUCGCUUUCGUCGGCGACGGCGAGCAAGGUGAAAAAGGCCUUGGGGAUGAAGUCGGCUUCGACUAAGAAGAGAAGCGGCGGUGAGUCAGUGAGUCAGGGGCAGGAUCAAGGGGGAGCGAGGAAGAUGGGGACUGUUGGAGAAUUGGUGAGGGUGCAGAUGAGAGUGUCGGAGCAGAUGGAUUCUAGGAUUAGGAGAGCGUUUUUGAGGAUUGCUUCUGCUCAGCUUGGGAGACGCUUUGAGUCAAUUGUUCUACCGCUUGAGCUAUUGCAGCAACUUAAAUCUUCCGACUUCCCUAGCCUACAAGAAUAUGAAGCUUGGCAAAGGAGAAAUUUGAAGCUUCUUGAAGCUGGACUCCUUUUGCACCCUCACUUGCCCUUAGAUAAGAGGGACAGUGCAUCACAGAAGCUCAAACAAAUUAUUCGUGGGGCUUUAGAGAGACCCAUGGAAACUGGAAAGCCCAAUGCUUCAAUGCAAGCCCUUCGAGAUGCUGUACUGGCUCUUGCUUGCCGAUCGUCCGGGGGGGCUGCUUCUGAGAUGUGUCAUUGGGCAGAUGGGUUCCCUUUUAACCUAAGCGUCUACCAAAUGCUCCUGGAGGCUUGUUUUGAUGUUAAUGAAGAAACAACUGUGAUUGAAGAGGUUGAUGAGGUUUUAGAACUCACAAAGAAGACUUGGGUAAUCCUUGGAUUGAACCAGAUGAUGCAUAACCUCUGCUUUUUGUGGGUUUUGUUUCACCGUUAUGUGUCAACUGGCCUUGUAGAAAGUGACCUAUUGUUUGCUGCCAAUAAUCUGAUGGAGGAAGUUGAGAAAGAUGCAAAGGAAACAAAGGAUCCAGUUUAUUCGAAGAUCUUAAGGUCUACAUUGAGUUCAAUCUUGGAUUGGGCGGAGCAAAGACUUCUUGCUUACCGUGAUAGUUUCCAUAGUGAUAAUAUUGAAUUGAUGCAAAACGUCAUUUCUCUCGCGGUUCUAGCAGCAAAAACAUUGGGAGAUACCGAUGAGUAUCAUAGGAAUAGGAAGGACGUUAAUGUGGCUCGCUCCAGGAUUGAUUCUUAUAUAAGAUCAUCAUUAAGCACAGCUUUUUCUCAGAAAAUGGAGAAGCUGAGUUCAAGCAGAAAAUCAUCUAAAAAACAGCAGGAUCCUCUUCCUCUCCUUUCUAUUCUUGCAGAACAAGUUAGCGAAAUGGCCUUCAGUGAGAAGGCAAUGUUUAGUCCAAUAAUGAAGAGAUGGCAUACUCUUGCCUCUGGUGUGGCCGUGGCAACUCUUCAUUCUUGCUACAGGAAUGAGCUGAAGCAAUUUGUUAGUGCUGUUAGUGAGUUGACACCUGAUGCAAUACAAGUGCUGAGAGCUGCUGACGAACUGGAGAAAAAUCUUGUGCAGAUUGCAGUUGAAGAUGCAGUGGACAGUGAGGAUGGUGGCAAGUCAAUAAUACAAGAGAUGCCACCUUAUGAAGCUGAAGCUGUAAUUGCGAACCUUGUGAAGUCAUGGAUUGAGACAAGAGUUGACAGAUUGAAGGAAUGGGUUGACAGGAACCUGCAGCAAGAGGUAUGGAAUCCACUGGCCAAUAAAGAGCGAUUUGCUCCUUCAGUAGUUGAAGUUCUACGAACUGUAGAUGAAACUUUGGAGGCAUUCUUCCUUUUGCCAAUACCUAUGCAUCCAGUCUUGCUGCCUGAAUUGCUGAUCGGUCUUGACAGAUGUCUUCAAAACUACAUAUCAAAGACAAAAUCUGGCUGUGGGUCCCGUAGUACGUUCAUUCCCACUUUGCCUGCUUUGACAAGAUGUUCCACUGGGUCAAAAUUUCAUGGUGUUUUUAGAAAGAAAGAUAAAUCACAUAUAACCGAGAGGAGGAAAUCUCAGGCUGGGACUACAAACGGGGACUCUUUUGGGAUACCCCAAUUAUGUGUUCGUAUUAAUACUUUGCAGCAUAUGCGAAUGCAGCUGGAUAUCUUGGAGAAGAGGACAAUCGCCCAGCUUAGGAACUCAGAAUCCACUCAUGUGGAUGCGAUUGCAAGUGGGAUGGGGAAAAGGUUUGAGCUUUCGGCUGCUGCUUGUGUGGAAGGGAUUCAACAACUUUCUGAGGCUACAGCUUACAAGGUUGUCUUCCAGAAUCUAAGUCACGUACUCUGGGAUGGUUUAUAUGUUGGGGACGUUCCUUCUUCUAGGAUUGAACCUUUUCUACAAGAGCUUGAACAGUAUUUGGAAGUUAUAUCUUCUACAGUGCAUCACAGGAUCAGAACCCGUGUUAUUACUGAUAUAAUGAAAGCGUCAUUUGAGGGAUUCUUGUUGGUUUUACUUGCUGGAGGCCCUUCCCGCACUUUUGUUUUGCAAGAUUCAGAAAUACUUGUGGAGGAUUUCAAGUUUCUCACUGAUCUCUUCUGGUCUAAUGGAGAUGGACUGCCAGCUGAUCUAAUAGAUAAGUUGUCAAGCACUGUUAAAAGUAUCCUUCCCUUAUAUCAAACUGAUUCUGAGAGCAUUAUUGAGCGAUUUAAAUCUAUUAUCCUUGAGAAUUCUGGCUCUGUUGCUAAAUCUAGGCUUCCAGUGCCACCAACUUCAGGUCACUGGAAUCCUACAGAGACAAACACGCUCUUGCGAGUUCUGUGUCACCGGCAUGAUGAGACAGCUGCGAAGUUCCUUAAGAAAACUUACGAUUUUCCAAAGAAACUGUAACUUGUAGGGCAUUGAAAUGAUCGUGGGAUGUGCAAUUCCAUUGAGAAAAACACUGCAGGAGCUCUCCAUUUGACUUUACAGACAUUUAAUAUUUAUCGUCGAGACAUUAGAAGCUCUGUCAUGGGUUCAAUUCUUGCAAACAGUCUCUCUACAUGUUAUUAUGUGGGAGAAGGUCUCCAUACAUCCUGCAUGUCCCCAACCCGUCCAGCUUCGUGCCCGAGAAUUGUUGACAUAUAUCAGAAGCUCCUGCAACUUAGUUAUGGUUUGUCCCUAUAGUUGACUAUACCGGCUCUGAUUCUUUCUGUGGGAAAGCAUCUUGCCAUAGGAGACUAAUAUGAUGAGUAUCUUCAGCAUUCUUUAUACUAUCUUUUUAGAUACUAUUUAUGUAUAUAUAUACUUGUCGAGAUGGAAACAGGCAGUGUAGGAUUGAGUUGUCAACAUGUAGCAAUUGUAUCUGUGUUUUGGAUUUGUAGUCGGGAACUGAUAAUAUGUAGUAUUUAAAUGAGUGAAAUGAGUUAGGUGUGUCUGUACAAGUACAUUCUUUCAAGGGAAUACAAAAGCUAA